GAUUCAUUGUUGUUUGAAUAUGCAGGGGUGGCUGUAGGGGCUGGGAGGCAAGCUAUUGUUGCAUAUAUUAACAUUGGUUCUUAUUAUGUGAUUGGGGUGCCACUAGGAGCUGUUCUUGGAUAUGUAGCCAAGCUUGAAGUCAAGGGUAUUUGGAUUGGUAUGAUAGUUGGGGUUGCAGUUCAAUCGGCAAUAUUAGGCUUCAUUACUUCUAGAACUGAUUGGGAGGAACAGGUGAAUAAAGCAUCGGAGAGAAUGAAUAAGUGGCUUUUGAAGUCUUCUGGUGAUUCUGAAGGAAACCCAGACCAAGAAAGAAUAAAUGAAUAAACAAAAUUGGCUCUUUUCUUUCUCUCUCUUUUUUUUUUUUUUUUUUUUUCUCUGAUUAAGACAAAAGUUCAAAAUGCUUAUUAAUUGAUAUUAAUAAACAUUAUGAGUUAAU